AAUUUGUAUUAUAGAACAAAAUGGCUAAAAAUUCUAAAGAAAGUAUUAAAAUGAAUUUUACACAUAAAAAUAGCAGCAACAUUAAAGCUUUUCCUCGAAAACGUCAAGAAGUACUUAGAUGGAAAGGUUGGGGUUACAAAGAUUGUCAGUUUGAGUUGAUGGAAAAUAAUGAAACUGUUAGAUUUAAAGGUGAUCGUUAUUAUGCACUUGCAAAUGAAGAGCUUCCGAAGUUAGGGAAAUGGUUUGAAGAAAGUUGUGAUGCAAAUUUAAGUUUGCGUUCUGCAUCUCGUGAAAAGUUAAAUAUAGAAGAUUAUCCCGUUCCGAUUCAAAAUGAAGAAUUUUUGAAAGAUGUUUACAAUGUAGGAGUGUCAUCUUUUGAUACUGAAGAUAGAGUUGUUCAUGGCCAUGGUCAGACUAUCUUUGAAAUAUUUGAUUUGAGGUAUAAGAAGUUAGAGCGUAUACCUGAUAUUGUUAUAUGGCCUCAAUCUCAUGAUGAAGUUGUUAAAAUUGUUUCUGCAGCAAAAAAGCAUGAUGUUUGUAUUAUUCCUUUUGGUGGUGGAACAACAGUGUCAGGAGCUGUAACUUGUCCAGUUUCUGAGAAGCGCAUGAUAGUAUCCUUAGAUAUGACGGAUAUGAAUAGAAUUUUAUGGUUUGAUGAAGAGAAUCUUCUUGCUCAUUGUGAGGCUGGCAUUGUUGGUCAAGAUUUGGAAAAAAAACUUAAAGAGUUUGGAUUUUGUACUGGACAUGAGCCAGACUCUAUGGAGUUUAGUACUCUUGGUGGGUGGGUAGCCACUCGUGCCUCUGGAAUGAAAAAAAAUGUAUAUGGAAAUAUUGAAGAUUUAGUAGUUAGUAUUCGAAUGGUAACAGCUGAUGGAGUUAUGGAAAAGCAUUGUCAAGUUCCACGUAUGUCAGCUGGACCAGAUAUUCAUCAUUUUAUGCUGGGAUCAGAAGGUACUUUAGGUGUUAUUACAGAAGUAACUCUUCGUAUAAGACCACUUCCUGAAGUUGUUAUUUAUGGGUCUGUUGUGUUUCCAAAGUUUGAGUCAGGUGUUCUUAGUUUACGUGAGAUAGCAUUAUGUAAAUGUGCUCCGGCAUCAAUCCGUCUAAUGGAUAAUGAGCAGUUUUUGUUUGGUCAAGCUUUAAAAGCUGGAAGUACACCAUUUUGGACAAAAAUAGUUGAUUCAAUUAAAGCAUUUUAUAUCACUCGAAUCAAAGGUUUUGAUCCCAAGGAAAUUUGCGUUUGUACUCUUUUGUUUGAAGGUUCAAAAGAUAGUGUUGAACAUCAGCAGAAAAAAAUCUAUUCAAUUGUUAGUAAGUAUGGUGGAAUACCAGCUGGAGAAGCUAACGGAAGACGUGGUUACACUCUUACAUAUGCUAUUGCAUAUUUAAGAGAUUUUGGUUUAGAGUUUUCUUACAUUGCAGAGUCAUUUGAAACUUCUGUACCUUGGGACCGUGUUUUGGAUUUAUGUCGUAACACAAAAAUAGUAAUAUUUCGGAUGUGCAAAGAAUUAGGAGUAAUUCGUCGCCCAUUUGUAACAUGUCGUGUUACUCAAACAUAUGAUGCAGGUGCUUGCAUAUACUUUUAUUUUGGAUUUCUUUAUCACGAUGUAAAAGAACCUUUAGAAGUCUAUGAAAAAGUUGAAAAUGCUGCACGCGAAGAGGUUUUGAGAAACGGAGGAAGCAUCUCUCAUCACCAUGGUGUUGGUAAAGUUCGAAAGCAGUUUUUAUCUAAAACUAUCUCAGAAUCUGGUGUGAAUGCAUUGAAAGGACUAAAACAAGCUGUAGAUCCACAAAAUAUAUUUGGUGUCAACAAUCUUCUCUGAUUUAAAGAAAUGAAAUAAAA